GUCUAGAACAGGGAUUUGCGCAUGCGCAGUAUCAUUUCAGUGAAGGACAUUGAAAGAGAUGUGACAUUAGUGUAGUGUUAACAACCGAUUCGGCUGUUCGAGUAAUUGCAUUAUAAAGCGGUUCACUGCACAACAUUAACACUUCCUCCUGAGUCCAUUCUGACAGGCUUUUUGACUGCAUUGCAGAGGUUUAGAGGGAAACCAGAACUGUUCCUGUGAUUUGCUUCACUAUGUCACUUUGCUGGUAAUCUAAUGCUGUGAAGAUCCUGAGCAACCUGUCCUGAAUGGCUGUCUGCAGAAGGGGUGUCUCGUUUUGGUUAGGUUGCAACAGAAGUCAUGGCUGCCAGCCUGUGAUAAAGAAGAAGAACUGGAACGUAUGGCAGGUGCGGUUAAACGCCCCCUGUCGAUUUCUGAGCAGUGGCUCAUGGGUCUUGGCUCCUCCAAACAGCCUACAUUAUCAGUCUGUACAGAAACUGUCCCUGCCUAACCCAUGUCAUCAUGUGUCCCAGCCAAGAGAACAAACUCCAGAAGAAGACUGGGCGGAGACCCUUGGCACAUGUGUCCUGCUCAAACCAAGGGAAGCAGUCGAUCAGCAUUCACUGGUGGAGGUUUCCCUGUUCGGACAAAUCAAGCUGAAUGAGCUCCUGGCAUUGGGCACCAACCGACUCACUGAUUUUUCUUUCCCUUUAACCACUGUUGAUGGAAGAAGAGAAGAUGAUAUUAGCAUCGUUGGAAUGUCAAGGACUGAGCAAAAACCGGAUCAGGAGCAGAGUUCGUUUCGGAGUUUGUUUGAGGCAGAAGGAUGCCCAGCACCUUUCAUGUUAGGAUCAUGCUUUUAUUGCUUCCACUGUCCUGGAACAGCACCUGUACCUGAGACUGGAGCUACGCUGAGAAUUGGACAUGUCUUCUUUCCACAUACUUUUAGCUCACUCUGCAGUUACGCAGAGGCGGUUAGCAUGGACAAAGGGUCCAUUGAGAAGGACAAUGAGAAUGAGGAGAAACUGGCACUGAUGUAUGAAAAGCUUAGGAUUGAGCUUCCCAGUUUUUUUCUGAAGAAUCAUGACUACAGCAUGUAUUCAAACAACAUGGAAUUUAUCAAUGACCUUCUCAACAUGAAAUCCAGAGGCCGUGUAGCGUAUCAGCUGACCCUGGCGCUGUGGCGACUUAUGUGCCUGUGCUAUUAUGCAGACGCACGGCUAGAAGUGCUGAAGCUGACCAAGCACCCAGAGGACAACUCCAUUAAAGCGCGCUGGAGGGUCAAGGGUUUGCCCUUUCACACUCUUUUCCUUCGCUUCUACAAGAAAGAUAAAAGCCAGUUUUACAGAACUUUUGACGCAUUCUCUACCUUCUAUCUGGGCUCUGACGGACUCAUACAUGUUCAUAAAGUUGAAAAGGUUAUGCAGGCUCAACCACCUGUGCUGCCGAAAGUGCCAGUACUGUUGGCGGGAGCUCUGGCGGCUCUGGGGCUUCAAGAAGACCGGCCAGCAUUUAAUCUUCUCCCAAUGUUCCUCUCCUCCUUCAGACAGGCACAAGAUUAACGAACAUGGCACUGCACAUAGAUUGUGCGGGAAGAGAGAAAAAUAUAGCUUUCUGUCGACGACGAAAAGGACUAGACGACCUUUUCAUAGAGAAGAACGAAUAAAAACAGCGGUAUCAAAAUAGGAGAUGAAACCCGUCCUCCCGUCUAUGCGUUCUCUUACCUGUUGAAUAUUCAUUGAUACCGUACCAUAUGACAUCCCAAAUGCUCUGUAAAAAGUAGGUUGAAGCAGGAUUCGCGACACCAUUUACUUCCAUCGUGUUUACUGUACAGCUUAAAAUCUAUAGGGAAGGAGAAAGGAACAUGGAAAUGGUAAAUAAUCCUGUAGAACAGAACCGGCGACCAUAAAAAAAAAAGACACAUGCCUAAGCCAGUUCAUACAUACUGUUUACCUUUAGGAAAACAACUGUCUUAAACGCAGUCGUGUGGAGAUUUCUAGAAGGAAUUUGUUAAGAGUAUUGUAUUUAAAAUGCAGACCAAUUGCUCUUUGUUCAAAAAUUAGGUUCUGUAUCAAACUGUAAAGAUUUACAUAAAUAUUUCAACUUUAACGUUUGUUUUGCACACCUGCCUUUUAUAAGGAACUAGUCUGCUUGGUGGUGGAGGAGCAGAUAGAGGAGCAAUUACCCUUAAUGGCCUCAUGAAGUAUUCCACAAUGUGAGAGUUUUGUUUAGAUGGACAAUUAAAACGAGUCAGAACAGAUACACUUAUUUAAGGCAGGUCCAUAGCUCCUAAAUACCUGUUAUACACAAGCUGAAGUAGGGUUUGUCUUUGCUGUAGCACCGACCAUAAAGCACAGGACAGCGUAAGGGUUCAGUUACAAUCAGCAGUAAAAUUUUGGCAGUGUUAUAAUUUAUACCACGGCAAUCCGAGGUCAGAGCUUUUGAAACAGUCUCCACAAUAGGAAAGUCUUCAGAACAAAGGACACUGCUGUUUUCUAAUCAUGCGCAAGUAUUAGUGGAUAAAAAGUACAGUUUGGCUCUGUAAUUAAUAAUUAACGUAAUAAUUCACAAAUUCCUGCGGUAUAAGACACUGGAUGUUCUUUUCCAUUAGAGCUCAUCCAUCCACCUGGUUGUUGAUUGGCUUAGAUUUCAUAUAACAGCAUGUCAGUGUUUUAUACGUUUAGUAAUAAUUAUGUUUCAUAUAUUUGCAACGUCAGUCGAGUAACGUUGACAUCGUCUGAUGGAUUAAAAAUGUCCUUUGAACACUUUUGACAAUACAAAUCCUACUAGAAUCGCCUGGAAAACGCCUAGUCGUAAGAACUCACUUUGUUAUAUACGCUCUUCUGUCUGAACGCAUUUUCCUGUUAGAGUCUUGCACAUAGACGUCGGUAGUGUAUCAGGUAUCAUCAGCGUAGGUACAUGUAGCAGGCGUCCAGUUGAUAGCGCGACACGCACUGAGGCUGGUUUGACAUCUUUGGUAAGAGGAACCAGAAACGGCACGGAGAAGUUUAACGCCAUGACGUCGAACCAAUCUGAUCAGAAGUAACCGUAUACCUACAAAGUGCACCUGUAGGGUAGAAAAUGGCAACCUAGACAGUGUAGUAAAAAAAACAGAACUCUUGGAAAAGACACAACCCUUCUACACUUAUUUAUACCUUGAUUGUAAACUGCUCUUUUAGUGGAAAAAAAGUUCUGCUUUUACAAAAUAUCAGUGACAGGAAAAGGACAGUCCAUAAUUCUGAAUGAAACACAGCCAUGGCUUUAUUACUGUAUUUGUUUUUGCUUUUCAUAUCCUAAUCAAUACCUGAGUAAUACUGAGCUGAAUGAUUCCAGAUGUGUUGCUGAAUUAAUUUCCUGCCUUCUUUCCAAACUGAGCUCAGGAUUAUAGAUAAGAUAAUACAACAUACGGCCAAAAGUUUGUGGACGCUUGACCACCGCACCCGUGUUCUUAUGAACGUCCACUUUACCGUUAUUAUAAACUCCGCACUUCUGAGAAGGCUUUUCGUUUAAACGUUGGAACGUCGCUUUGGGGAUUUGUGAUCGUUCAGCUACGAGAACGUCCAUAAGGCAUAGAACAGCUCAGGUAACUCCAUAACACGGGGUAAAUAUAUAAGUGGUAUAAAUAUAUGCUGGUAGCAUAAAUGUGUGCAUUUGUUAGCCUGUUUGUUAGCCUGUGUUGCUUUACUGAUCAGUGUUAUAUUCGGAGCAAACUUUUUUGGACAAGAUUUUAAAAAGAAUUGCGAUUCAAUUCGAUUUUCAGAAAAAAAAACAAAAAACAAAAACGUUAUAAUAAUGCACAUCCUACAUCCUAGUGCUUUAAAUUUAGCUUAAAGCUCCAUGGAGCAGACAAGUUAUAAACAAUAAUCCCACAAAAAAUUCAACAGGAAAACUGAAUCUGUGGUCUGAUGCUGUGAUGCUUAUUUAUUUCCUCAAUGUAUGAUUUGUCAGUAACCCAAAUUCUGGUAUGAAAAUGUGGAUAAUAAAGUGAACAGGCAUCGUUUAUAACA